AUGUCUCUGUCGUCAUCCACGGCACCAUUGCAUCGUGAAGUGCGUCGCGUACAGGCACGUCACCGUCGACGUGAGGCUGCUGCACCUUAUUCUAUGUUCAAACAUGUUGAAGGAGGCGAAAAGAGGGAUGAAGAGACGUCGUCUACACGCAGAGACGGGUUCUUUUCUCGUCUUGCUAGUUAUAUUCCUAUAGUAAAUAAACUAAUGAAAGAAGAAGAAGAAGACGAAGUGGAAGAAGAUCACGUAAAAACACGAGAUAGCGAGAUGGAAGACGACAUUCAGACAACACAGGAAAAUGAUGAAGAAGAAGAGGAGGAGGAAAAGAAGAAGGAGGAGGAGAUGAUGUUGUGUGCAGGAAAGAUAAAGAAAACCAUGUUGGAUGCUGCUACGUCGCCCAUGAAACAUGAGGUCACACACAAGAAGAAGACAUCGCCACGAUUUUUGAGACAAAACAAAAGCAAGAAAGGAUCUCAGACACUGAGCUUUUCUUCUGCUUCUUCUUUUUGUGAGAGUGGUAGUGAAAACGGUGAAGAUUGUCUUGAUAAUGAGGAAAAACGUGACGAUAAUUGUGUAUCUCUUCCUGGACCCUCACAGCAGUCCAAGAAAGUGCGCAGCAUUACUCAACGUCGCAGGAAAUCUAUUGCAACGUCGCCUUAUGACUCGGCCCUGGCGGCGAUUAAAGAAAUGAAGACCAUUACACUCGAAGAGUAUGAGCGACUGCAGCAUCAACUGCAUGAAAUGGUGGAGACAACGCCCCAGACGCAGCUGGCGAUGACACAAGCUGCUUUGGCCAACGGUCUUGAGCGCCCGUUCACGCGGGGCUUCCCAGGUCCACCGUCGUUUCCAGGCUAUAUGUCUGGCUUGACUGUUAAUCCGAGCCAUGAUUCCUUGGUCAUUCAGAACGAAAGGAAGCGUGGAUCUGCGGAUGGUGUACCCUUUUCCAAACGUCCUAGGAAUCGCGAGAACGCACAAUCUAUCUUUUCGGGAACCUCUUUGCGCGGACUGCUUACGCGUGAGGAACGCCUUCUGCGAAAGCCGCGUCCUUCACGUCUUUUGACAGGAGCUAAGCGUAACGCCUCCGAGCGCAACGCGUACUCUGCUGCUGUUGUGGAGAAGAUUUUGACGACGCUCAACAAGUUGCAGACUCCGCUGGAGCGAGAGACGCAGAAGCCGACACCGUCUACAUCGAUGUCAUGGGCGAAGUACCAUUUGUCCUUGGUGGAUGGUCAACAGAAGAGCCUUGGCAAUGAAGCGGAGGCUAACAACGAUGACGUGCCUCCGCCGACAACUACCGUCCCUCGCGUGGCAUUCCCGCAACCUUCGGCGAUAGUUGCUGCUUCGUCGUUUGGUGGCACACAGAGCACUGUGGUUGAUACUCCUCUAAAGAGCGCUAAUGCUGUGUCAAACGGCGUGGCCUCGUUGUUCUCGCCACAGGUGAUAUCUAUGACCCCUGCACCCAUUGCCAAGAUAUUUGCAACUGGCCAGCUACAGUAUCAGACGACAGGCCAGUUCAAAUUUACACUUCCGGUUCGUGUUGAAGGAGUGCAGCAGGCGGAAGUGGAUGACGAAGAUACUCGUGUUCAAUUUGUGUUUUCUCCUCCGCCUAGUAUGCGUGAUCCACCCGUGAAAGUUUCCAACCGAAAGACUGCACGUAAGGAUGGCGGCCACGCUCCUCCAUUCGACUUUGUGCCUUUGUCACCCAAGAUGAAGGUGUCUGAGUGGAUAUCAAAGCCACCAACUGUUAAAGAGCUCGAGAAGCCGAAGGCUGACGUAGGAAACUUUGUUACGGAUGAGGAGGGUAGUUCAGAUAUGACGGGUGCUGCACCUCCUGCUUCUCUCACAGGUGCUGUGAAUCCUCUUGCCAGAUUCAUGCAGCUGAAACCUGGGCAAUGGAAGUGUCCUGCAUGUAGCGUUUUGAACGAGGCGAUAAGUGCGAAGUGCCCAUGCUGUGAAACAGCUAAGCCCGGAGGUGAUGCUGCAGAAAAGAUUUCUUCGACGGCGUUAAAAAACGCUUUUGGAGAAAUUACAUCUAGUGGCUUUAGCUUUGGUGUGACCACUAUAAAUGAUAAAACGAUUGAUGCCGAGAAGCCGGUAGGUGGCUCGAUUACGGAGGGUGGCUUCGGAGUCCCUUUUGUUGUGGACUCGAAAAAUGAUAAAGAGAAGCCUGCUACAUUUGGUGGUUUUAGUUUCGGUGCACCUGCGUCUGAUGCAACGAAGGAUGCGGAUAGUUCUGCUGCGGCAAUAAUCAAGUCGGGUGGAUUCAGUUUUGGUGCACCUGUGGCUGCUGCAGCCAAGGAUGCUGAUAGUUCUGCCGCGGCAAUCACGCCGGGUGGAUUUAGUUUUGGUGCGCCUGCGUCUGCUGCAGCCAAGAAUGCUGAUAGUUCUGCUGCGGCAAUCACGCCGGGCGGAUUUAGUUUUGGUGCGCCUUCGUCUGCUGCAGCCAAGGAUGCUGAUAGUUCUGCCGCGGCAAUCACGUCGGGUGGAUUUAGUUUUGGUGCACCUGCGUCUGCUGCAGCCAAGGAUGCUGAUAGUUCUGCCGCGGCGAUCACGCCGGGUGGAUUUAGUUUUGGUGCACCUGCGUCUGCUGCAGCCAAGAAUGCUGAUAGUUCUGCCGUGGCAAUCACAUCGGGCGGAUUUAGUUUUGGUGCGCCUUCGUCUGCUGCAGCCAAGGAUGGUGAUAAUUCUGCCACGGCAACUACGUCGGAACGAUAUAGUGCUACAGCCCCUGUCGCUUCCUCGGAAAAUAAGAUUGCCGGAGACUUAAGUUCUGAUGCUACCGCUGUAUUGAAUGCGAGAGCGGCUUUUUCUGCAAGCGCUGCUCCGAACUCGUUUGGAAUUUCUGCUUCUGUAAAGAAGACCGAUGAUGCAUUGACGAAAAUGUCUGCCGUGACCAGUGAGGCUGCUUCUGCUCCAUCUUUUUCUUUUAGCGCACCGACAGCGCCGACGCCCACUCCAGAUCAAGCGUCGGCAGCUACGAAAUUAGCGAGUGUCUCGAGUGGGUUCACGUUUGGUGCCACCAAUACCAACACCGCUGACAGCAACAGCAAGGGCAAGCGUAAAACACCAGAGGCCGAAGCACGAACCAACGAUUCUGCUCCGUCGUUCAGUUUUGGUAUGGCCAUGCCUACGAACACUAAGGCGGACGCUGGAUUCAGCUUUGGCGUGGGUUCGGGGCCGAUGCAGGUGAGCCCGAAUGAAUCAGGUCGUCCGAACGAAUCAGGUCGUCCGAACGAAUCAGAUCGGCCGAAGAAGCGUCUGGCUGGGUCUGCAGACUCGUCCGGCUCAAAGCCUGCCGGAUCGGUUUUUGCGUUUAAUAUGGCUUCAAAGCCACCUCAAGUGCCAGCCAAGGAGCCCGCUACGACAUCUUCGUCGACACCUUCAUUCAACUUUGGUGGAUCAAGCAGCUCUAGAACCACGCAAAACCCGAAAGAGUCCACAUCUUCCACUUUUAACUUUGGUGUCACCUCUACCGAAAAAGCUAGCACACCGAUGGAUGCGCAGAAACUGCCUUCUGCGACUGGUUUUACGUUUGGAUCAUCGUCGGCAGCAGAACCCAAGUCUACCGCUGGCUUUGGACAGAACGCAGAGUCUAAGACUCCUGCUUUUUCAUUUGGUGCUUUGGCAUCCACUUCGGCGCUUACUUCGUCUGCUUCAGCCCGUGCUACUUUGACUCAAGCCACUCCAACAUCUACUUCAUCUCCUGCAGGCUUCACUUUCAGCCAGGACACGACGUCUGCUACUAGUAAUGUCCCUGCUUUUAGUGCUGCUGCGUCUUCUGCUCCCGCGUUUGGCUUUGGAGUUUCUGUGCCAACGGCGCUUCCAGCGGGAACGUCGACUCCUCUAAUCGCGGAGGUGUCAUCGGCUGCUGCUUCGACGCCGGCGUUUACGUUCGGCUCGUCUUUUGUCAAACCAGCGGGAUCUCCAACGUUUGGCCAGACGUCUGCAAGCACAUCGAGUUUUAGUUCUACGUCGACUGUUCGUGGACCGAACACGUCUAAUGUGUUUGGAUCUGGAGCAAACGCAGGAAGCUUUGGUAGUACGUUUACUGCUACUCCCUCGACGACGUUCGGUACCUCUGCAUCUUCAGCUCCAGCUGCACCAGCGUUUUCUUUCAAAACAUCAAGCCAAUCUCCCGCUGCAAGUGCGCUCGUACCCGCGGCUGCAACCCAGUCAGCGUUUUCGUUCGGGGCAUCAAGUGCCUCGUACCCCGGCUGCAACCCAGUCAGCGUUUUCGUUCGGGGCAUCAAGUGCUCCAGCCCCGAGUGGAUAUGGAGCUGCGCCUGCAGUCGUAAGUGGCUUCGGAUCCGGUGGCCACACCGGUGGAUUUGGCGCCGCACCUGGUGGCUCAGAACUUCCAGUCCUGCGCCUGCCUUCGGUAACCAGUCUGAUUUGGCAUUUGCUCCGCCGCAGUCCACAUUUCCAGGAUAUGGUGCACCUAAUGGCUUCAGCAGCGGCCCACCGAGCUCUGGCUUCCACCAAGCAGCUCCUGCGUUUGGCGCCGCUCCAAACACAUCUUUCGGGGCUACUACCCCUGCUUCUGGUUUCGGAACUCCUGCUGCAGGAGCUUUUGGCGCUCCCGCUGACGGUGGGUUUAACAUCGGUGCUGCUCCGCAGCAUGCUAAAGGUAGACGCAUUCUAAAGGCCAAGAGCCGCAAACGGCGAACGUCAUAA